AUGUCAAGCAUCAAAGCGCUCCAAAUCGAGGGUCAAGGUGGUCCUGAAGUAGUCCAAGUGGUGCCUAUCCAGCCUCCCACACUGGAAGGCAAGGGUAAGGUUAUCGUUCGCAACGAAUAUGCGGGAGUCAACAUGAUUGAUACCUACCAUUUCGGUGGUCUCUACCCUCUGGAGACGCCUGUUAUUAUUGGUCAGGAAGCUGCAGGUGUUGUCGAAGCUGUUUCGCCAGAUGUCACUUGGCUUGCUCCCGGAGAUAAGGUUGUCCAGUACGGUGGAGGUUCCUACAGCGAAAAGCAACUCGUUGACGCUCAACGAGUCAUCAAGCUUCCCGAUACCAUCGACACCAAGACGGCUGCUGCAUCUUACCUUCAAGGCUUGACGGCACUUACAUUGCUCAAAGAAGCUCAUCCUGUGAAACAAGGCGAUUGGCUUCUCGUCACCGCCGCUGCAGGUGGUGUGGGACUUUUGCUUUGUCAAAUGGGAAAAGCAUUCGGAGCCAAAGUGAUCGCCGUCACUUCCACCCAAGCCAAAUGUCAUCUCGCUCUAUCCCACGGAGCAACACACGCAAUCCUCUACAACAAAGAAAACCGCCAGGAUUACAUCAAACAAGUCAUGUCCCUCACCAACAAUCACGGUGUAGACGGCAUCCUCGACGGCGUUGGAGCAGAUACCUGGGAAGCUAAUUUUACUAUCGCUGCUCGCAAAGGUACGAUUGUUACUUUCGGUAACGCUUCCGGUCCUGUUCCUUCUUUUGCCCCGCUUAAGCUUGCUGCCAAAAAUCUCAAGGUCUGUAGACCAACACUGUUCAACUAUGUGAGCACGCGGCAAGAAAGGGAGAGCUAUUCCAAGGAGCUCUUUGACUUGGUCGAGAGUGGAAAGGUAAAGAUCAAUGUUCAUGAGCAGUACGAGUUCAGUACGGAGGGAAUGCGCAAAGCGUUUGCUGACAUUAAGAGUAGGAAGACUACUGGUAAGCUGAUUGUUAAGAUCUAG